GUGCAUGUUAUCCAUAGCACGACUAACUAUCUAUUGCAAUGGCAUGCCAAUGCAUACAGCUCAUCUUCUUCUUCCUAUUUCUCUUCCCAAUUUCUGCUUUGGCUCAGAAAAAUGGUAUUGUCCCUGUGGGCAGUACUUUGACUGCAGGGCAAAAUUCUGCUAGUCCUUGGCUUUCACCUACUGAGGAUUUUGCAUUUGGAUUCCAGCAAGUUCAGGAUAAGGAUCUUUUCUUGUUUUCCAUAUGGUAUCACAAAAUUCCAGACAAAACUGUAGUUUGGUUUGUUAAUUCAACAAAUCCAGUGCUGCGAGGAUCGACUGUAAAGCUUGAUGCUCAGACAGGGCUUGUACUCCGUGACCCUCGAGGCAUACAACUUUGGAGUGCUAAUGUUGGUUCUAAUCAACUGGUUCGUGGUUUAAUGAAUGAUACAGGCAAUUUUAUCCUCCAGGGGAGUGAUGGUAGCCCGCUCUGGGAAAGCUUUAGACAUCCUGCUGAUACAAUUUUGCCCUAUCAAGACUUGGUAAUUGGCGAUUCUCUUUGUUCUCGACAGUCAGCAACAAACUUCUCCCAAGGAAGAUUUUAUCUCCGUUUUCUUGAUGACGGGAAUCUAGUGCUUGCUACCAGAAGUGUGCCAACAAAUGUGGAUGAUGAAGCUACCUACUACAAUAGUCAGACUUCUGAUUCUACAGGUGAACAGAAUUCUGGUUACCAAGUUACUUUUGAUGGCAGAGGGGCCAUGUACAUAAGGAAAGGGAACGAUCAAACAAAACAGCUCAAUCCAGUUUCAAUACCAUUACCAUCAGUAUCAGAAAACUAUCAUAGGGCAACAAUAGAUUUUGAUGGGGUCUUCACACAUUAUUAUCAUCCUAGGACUUCUUCUGGCAGCCCAAACUGGACAAUUUUUUGGUCUAUGCCAGAUAAUAUAUGUACCAGCAUUACUGGAGAAAAAGGGAGCGGAGCUUGUGGAUUUAACAGCGUUUGCCACCUCGAACUUGGAAGACCGGUUUGUGCGUGUCCAGAAGGGUAUAUAUUGCUUGAUCCAAAUGACAAGAACGGCAGCUGCAAGCCAAACUCUUCUCUUGUCUGCGAUGAAGUAGAGGAGGGCUCCGCAGAAAGCCUUUAUAAUUUUGUGGUGGCCAGUGAUAUAGAUUGGCCACUGUCUGACUUCGAGCAAAUAAAUCCUUCAAAUGAAACUAUUUGUGGGCAAGCUUGUUUGCAGGACUGUUUCUGUGCUGUGGCCAUUUUCAGAAACAACAGUUGCUGGAAGAAGAAGCUGCCACUUUCUAAUGGGAGGAUGGACACUAGCCUUCAGGCAAAGGCUUUCAUCAAAUAUCGCAAAAGUGAUGCUCCUCCUGUACCUCAAACUUUUCCUCCAGUUCCGGCAGGAUCAAAGCCAAAAAACCGAGGAACUGUGAUAAUUGUGGGGUCUGUGCUUCUCGGAAGCUCUUUUUUGGUGUUCAUUGCCACUGCUUGUUUGGGCUUUUACUUCAUAUACCACAAAAAGAAGGUAAUAACUCAUCCAAAUACUGAUGCACCGAACACAAAUUUGCGUUAUUUUGCGUACAAAGAGCUUGCAGAAGCUACAAAUGAAUUCAAUGAAGAGUUGGGCAGGGGAUCUUUUGGUACUGUUUAUAAAGGUUCCUUGCAAAUCAGAUCCAGAAACACUACUGUUGCGGUGAAAAAGUUAUACAGAAUGGAUCAAGAUGCUGACAAGGAAUUUCGUGCUGAAGUGGAAACAAUAGGCCAGACUAACCACAAGAAUUUGGUCCGCCUGCUUGGAUUCUGUGAUGAAGGACAACAUCGUCUAUUGGUGUAUGAAUAUAUGAGCCAUGGCACUCUCGCAAGACUGCUGUUAAAUAAUCCCAAAACUAGUUGGAGUACAAGGACUCAGAUUGCUAUUGGGAUUGCAAGGGGGCUGGUAUACCUUCAUGAAGAAUGUAGUACUCAGAUUAUCCAUUGUGAUAUAAAGCCCCAAAAUAUACUCCUUGAUGAGUACUUCAAUGCUCGCAUUUCUGACUUUGGAUUGGCAAAACUCUUGAUGAUUAAUCAGAGUCGAACUAUCACUGGAAAUAUCCGAGGAACGAAAGGCUACGUAGCUCCUGAAUGGUUCAGGAGCACUCAAGUUAAUGCUAAGGUUGAUGUUUAUAGUUUUGGUGUCUUGUUACUAGAGAUCAUUUCUUGCCGAAGAAGCAUGGAGAAUACUGAAAUUGGUCAUGGAGAAUUUUUAAUUUUGACUGAUUUGGCUUGGGACUGCUUCCAAGAAGGAAGAUUGGAUGCUUUUGUAGAAAAUGAUUUAGAAGCUCUAAACGAUAAGAUGAUGCUAGAGAGAUUUGUGAUGGUUGGUAUUUGGUGUAUUCAAGAAAACUCAUCUCUUAGGCCUACAAUGAGGAAGGUGAGCUGGAUGCUUGAAGGAAUUGUGGAAGUUAUGGUGCCCCCAUGUCCAUAUCCUUUUUCCACCCCUGGCUGAGAUUAGUUCUAUUAUUGUUUAAUUUGUGUCAAUCGAUUUGAUGUCUAAGGACAGUUUUUAUGCUGUUUUUUCCUCUUUUUUCUUUGUUCUUGUUUUUUCUGCUUUAUUCCAAUGUAUAAGAUUCUCUCUGUAUGUAAACAUCCUGUUGUGAUGGUGGUUUUCUAGUGCUUAUCAUGUACACAGAAUGGUCAGUUUUGUGGUUUUGUGUAUCUAACCUAAGAUACUAGGAAUGUGUGUAUUUAAUAUGAAAAGGUCUAAUUAUUACUGUCUA